AUGGAAUACAAAUGCAACAAAAACAAUGACCCUAUUUUGGAGACCUCUAAACCAGACACAAAACCUUACAAUAAUACAACAACAACAUCAAUAGCGGAAAUAACAACUGCUGCUAGUCCAACAACAACAAUUCCUGCAAAUAACACCACCACCCACAUUACUAAAACAGAAAAUGAAACAGAGUGUACGGCGUCACAAGACAUCAAAUUAUUACCCAAAGCAUCACCACCUCCACAAGUUAUUAUUAUACCAGCCAAUAAUGAAGCCUCCACAGCGGCCACAAAUGCCGCCAAGAAAAUACGUCGUGCAUUUUCUAUGCCACGCAAUCCUUUUCGUUGGUCGCAUAAACUAAAAACAACUGCUACUGCUGCUGAUCACAAAACUAACGGAAGAGCAGCUCAAGAUUCUGGAGGUGGUGAGAUAAAAGGCGGAGGUUCUAGUGGUUUAACAGGAUUUUCUUCCAUUACUAAAUCCUACACAUUAUCUUCAUGUGUAGGUGGCAAAAGAGAAAGAGCUGAAAGUUUUGUAUCCCUUAAUAGUAAUGAUGACAAUUAUAUCCCCACCACUAAUACAAACAACAAGGACACACAGCAAACGCAAGCUGAGGAUAAAGAAAAAUCGAAUACAAGCAUUGCGAAAAGUUCAACAACAACAACAACUACUACAAAUAAGAAGUUUAACACAAAAUCGAAUACAAUUAAUGGAGUUUCAAGUCUAACAAAUUCCUCUACCCUGCCGACCGGUGCUUCAUUAUUCUCAACUUUACCGGCUGGUGCUAGCAAUAGUGGCAACAAUAAUAAUGCCAACAAUAACAACAAUAAUCGAGUUUUUAGACGUUCAUCAUUUCGGAAAUUUUUAAAUCGCAUUACCCAGCAUAUGACUGCUUCGUCUAAUAAACCUUAUGCCGCAACCACAGCUAAUGGUCAUACAAUAUCAUCGACCGCAGAUCGUGUGCCGCCCAUUAGUGGUUAUCAGUGGCCAAAUGAUCAAACGCCUGGCGUAAUGGGUUUAAAAAAUCAUGGUAACACUUGUUUCAUGAAUGCCGUCUUACAGUGUCUCAGUCAUACCGAUAUUUUGGCUGAAUAUUUUGUUUUGGAUCAAUACAAGGCUGAUUUAAAGCGUCGCAAUAAAAUCAAUUCACGAAAAUUUGGUACAAAAGGUGAAUUAACCGAACAAUUGGCUAAUGUUCUAAAAGCCUUGUGGACUUGUAAGAAUGAAAGUGAUCAUAGCACCAGCUUCAAGGCUGUUGUUGAUCGUUAUGGUUCACAAUUUCGCAGUUCAACGCAACACGAUGCUCAAGAAUUUCUAUUUUGGCUUUUGGAUAAAGUUCAUGAAGAUUUAAAUACCGCCACAAAAAGACGCUAUAAAAGUGUCAAGAACAACUAUGGCCGUCCAGAUGAGAUAAUAGCCGCCGAAACCUUGGCCAAUCAUAUACGUUGUAAUAAUUCCUUUGUACAGGCGGUAUUUCAAGCACAAUUUCGUUCAUCGUUGACCUGCCCACGUUGUAAAAAACAAUCGAACACAUUCGAUCCAUUCCAUUGUAUAUCGGUGCAAUUACCCCAAUUAACGCAACAGACAAUCUUUGUUACUGUAGUUUAUUUGUCACAGCAACCACGACAAGUACGCAUGGGUCUGACAGUCACUGCCGGUUCACCCAUAAUGGCCCUAAGAGAGCAAUUGCACAAGGAUACGGGUAUACCAAAUGAACGUAUGGUAUUGGUUGAUUUACAAAAGGAAGGAUUUAUGCGUGUCUUUUACGAUACACAGCCAGUGAAUACUUUACAAGGUAUUGAAACUAUAUAUUGUAUAGAAGUACCAUUGGAAAAAGAUGCUAAAGCGGAGGGUACUACCGCAACAACUUCACAACCAAAUGUAAAUAAACCACAAUCUGCCGAUUUAUUGGUGCUGGUGGCAAAUGUUAAGAAAAAGAGAGUAGAGCAAACAGAGAGCGCAGAGAAAAAGGAGUUAAUUUCCUUAGAACGUUUUGGUGCUCCAUUUUGUUUACAAAUGCCCAGAGAUUGUUCUUAUUCUGAAUUGCAAAAGAAAUUGUUAAGAGAAAUGUCGUCUCUACUAAAGCCAGAAGUGUUUUCCUAUGCCACCCCUUUGAGUGAAAUGUUUCAAAUACGUUUGCAAGAUCCCUCAGCAGAUCCAGAUACUUUUAUAGAACAAGUAGAACAUCCUUUACUAACCGAAAUGAUAGACUUGGCUUUGUCGGUAUUAUCGGCAGAAGCUGGUCCCACACAUGUAAAACUGCUGCUAGAGUGGCCAGAGCCGGAGGCUUAUUUCUGUGAUCUUUCAGAUCAAGUGGUGGAACACGAAAGUGUACCGCGUCUUUUGGCUAACAAGACAAAUGAUACAGCAGCCUUGACUUUGGAACAGUGUCUGGAACAUUAUACCAAAGCUGAAACUUUGAGUGCUGAAGAUGCCUGGCGUUGUCCUCAUUGCCAGGAAUACUUACCGGUUGUGAAAACUUUAGGCUUAUGGUCUCUACCCGAUAUUUUAGUGGUGCACUUUAAACGUUUUCGCCAACAUCAUGGCAAAGGCGCCAAUGCCGCCAAAUUGACCACCAUGGUUAAUUUUCCUUUACAUUCGUUUGAUAUGUCUCCCCACUUGGCUAGAGGAGUUAAUGAAACAACUACCAGCGGCAAUACGUUAACAGCAGAUGGUACCGCCUUCAACCGUCCCAGUCCGUGGCGUAAAACGAAGCCAGGUGAUUCACGUUCUUCCACUUUAAGUUCUCGUGACAAUCGUGAGACCCGCUAUGAUUUAUAUGCCGUCUGUUAUCAUCAGGGUGACACUUUGGAAACAGGUCAUUACACUGCCGCCUGCAAGAAUCCCUACGAUCGUCAAUGGUAUAAAUUUGAUGAUCAGCGUGUUUCCAAAGUCUCUAGUGAGUCAUUGCCCGAUGAAAUCGUUAAUAAUGAGGCUUAUAUGUUGUUUUAUCAACGUAGAACUGCAGAAAAUGCCGAAUGUUCUGGUUCGAGCUCAAAUUCCAGUGACCAUUGGAUAUCACGCAUAGCGCCACCUGUACCAGUACCGGUAGCAGCAGCUUCCACCUCCACCGCCUGCUCCUCAACGGUUGUCGUACACAAUUCGGAGGAAAAUAUGAAAAAUGAGACUAUCACUGUUAAACCCACAACUAUAGAAGAAAUUGAGCCAGAGGUUAAGACAUUAGCAACGAAAGAAAUAAUUAAGGAAAUCCAAGCAGAAGAGGAAAAUGCUCAACCUAAAAAGGACGAAGAUAUACAACAACCUAUUGCUGCAAAUUGUGCUCAAACUACUAACACUGAAACUAAUUUAGAUGCUUUAGAGAAACUUUUAGAUUAUGCCGAUGCUGAUGUUUUACACGAUGAAGCUGACGAUUUAGAGGCGAAGUUAGAGCAAUUGGAAAUUAUAGAAAAUGAGGAACAUAGCACUGAAAUCUUUACCAUGGAUGAGGAUUGUAAACUAGAGGAAGAAGUAGAGGAAAGUAAAGAUAACAACAAAGCUUUACUAACAAGCCAAACAGCAACGACUACUAAUGGCGAGGACAAAGAACUAAUAGCUAAAACACCGUUAAAAACAACUGACGAAGUGGACAAUAAUAAAAACAAAGAGAAAACACCUUCUUCAACGGCCUCCUCCUCCUCUUCGUCACUAUCCUCACAAUCACCAGCACCCAGUUCUCUGGCUGUCUCUAAAGAUGCCGCCAAUAAUUUACAAAAUAAAUUCAAUGGAUUUCUUCAAUCCCAUAAUACUACCACAACAGCAAAUGAAAAGGAACAUUUACUAUCUUCCAGCCUUAAAAGUAAUAGUAGCAGUAUUAUAGGUUCUGCUUUGGCAGGACAUUUUUCCACCUAUCGCCAACCUUGGCAUGGCAGUCGCUCAAGUGUCUCGGCUGUGGAAAAUGCCAUGCAACCCUCUACAGCAGUAGCAGCACAACAUCCUUCUCUACAUCUUAGACAUUCCUUUUCUACGGCUUCCAAUUAUCGUUUGCGGGAAUGUGGUGAUACCUUAUCUUCGGUAUUAAGAAAUUCCGUUAAUACCUGCAGUAAAGAUACUUUAAUAUUUCUAGAUCAGCAUCAACAACAUCAUCACCAUGCUGCCCAUCAUCAUCAUCGUCAUCAUCAACAUCAUAGUCUAAUGGAGGAUGAUGACGAUUCUAAUUUUAUGGGUAGUCGUUCAUUAUGGAUAUCUCCCGUAACUCCGCAUAAACUAAUAACAGUAUCACCCAAAAAUUGAGAUACAAUUUAAUAAAGAAAAACCAACCUAUUUGUAUGUUUAUUUGUUAUAUAUAACUACAAAGAAGCAGACUAUACGUUAAAAUAUCCGAAGAUUAUAUCCUUAUAUAUAAAACGAAACUAAAACUUUUUUUUAAUAAUAAGACAGACUCAUUAUGAGAAUUACUUUACAAUUAUUAAUUUUUAAGAAACAAACAUUUACAUUAAAAAAAAAAAACAAAAAA